AUGUAAAAUAUGUUGAGGAUGUCUGCGCCGUGGUGAGCAGUUUGCAUUGGUGUACUUAAGAGUCUGGUAAUCUUCUUAGUGUCAGUAAGUACCCAGCUAGAAAUCAGCUACUGUCCAGAUUGUCUCUUCCUGCCCCAGAUAAGCGCCUCAGACAACAACAAAGGGAGCCUCGAGGAAAUAUGUGGCAUGGUCGCUUCACUGGCAUGAAAUAUGCACCUCCCCUCCUUUGGGAACUGUGUUGACAGAGCCGUGGAAGAAGUUCUGGUGGGUCUCCUCAGCUUGAAGAUGUUUGGCAGCGGCACCAAGAAGUGGUUUGUGAAGAAGCAGAAGAGGCAGAGGCCUGGCAGGAGGCCAUGCACCAGGAAGAAGAAAAGAUGGGCAGCUCAGAUCCUCAAACAGCACCGACAGAAGAUCCUUAAUGAGCUGGAUAUCAACGCUGUACUUCCCUACCUGGUGUAUGAUAAGGUUUUCUCGCUGGGGGAAUACAAGGAAAUACUGGGACAGGAGUCCAGCAAGAAACGGACGGAGAUAUUCUUGGACCAUCUGUCCUCAAAGGGGCCCGCUGCAUUCUGCUCCUUCUGUUCAGUUUUAGAGGAAGUGUGUCCCCACCUGCUAACCUGCUUUCUGCUGGAUGGAGAAGAUGGUGUUCCAGGACAGGGCAGGAAAGAGGGCCUCCCUGUGCCCCCGAACAGUCCAGGAGAGCAACCCCUGUGCUCCCCUCCCAUGUACACCGACCCUGUUUUUGACUCCAGGAUACACCCCAGCCCGACCGCUGGCUCCAUCACAGCAGCCUCCUCAGUGAGCACCAUUCAGGGCAAACCAUCACUCCGCCGCAUCAAGGGCCGCAUUCACAGGAGCAAGAGUCUGGACAGCAUCGAUCUCCUUGACUCCAAUAGCGCAGCAAUGGAGGAGACUGUCAUUUGGGAACAGCACACAGUAACACUACACAGGGCACCAGGGUUUGGCUUCGGGAUAGCCAUAUCAGGAGGUCGGGAUAACCCUCAUUUUCAGAGCGGCGAGACCUCCAUUGUCAUCUCAGAUGUGCUGAAAGGAGGCCCAGCUGAAGGCCUAUUGCAGGAAAAUGACAGAGUCGUCAUGGUCAAUGCUGUCUCCAUGGACAAUGUGGAGCACGCAUACGCAGUCCAGCAGCUUCGUAAAAGUGGGAAAAUUGCCAAAAUUACAAUCAGACGGAAGAGGAAGGUGCACGUCCCCAUGGGCCGCCUAGGCGAGAGGGAAACUAUGUCAGAGCAUGAUGAGGAGGAGGACAGCUACGAUGAAGAGAUUUAUGAGACGCGGAGCGGACGCAGUGGUGCUUACAGUGGUGUGGGCGGGGCCAUGGGCAGGCGCAGCGGCCGGAGCAGCGGGCGAAGGGACAGGGAGCGUGAACGCAGCGGCUCGCGGGAGAGGAGUCUCUCCCCACGCUCUGACCGGCGCUCACACAACCUGCCCCCACGUCCUGCCAAGGUCACACUUGUCAAAUCCCGUAAAAAUGAAGAAUAUGGCCUGCGCCUGGCCAGCCACAUCUUUGUCAAGGACAUUUCCCCUGAGAGCCUGGCAGCCAGGGACGGCAACAUCCAGGAAGGGGAUGUUGUACUGAAGAUCAAUGGCACAGUGACAGAGAACCUCUCGUUGAUAGACGCCAAGAAGCUGAUAGAAAGGUCAAAGGGCAAGCUAAAAAUGGUUGUUCAGAGGGAUGACAGGGCGACCCUGCUGAACAUCCCUGACCUCGAUGACAGCAUUGCUUCAGCCAACGCCUCUGACAGAGAUGACAUUUCAGAUAUCCAUUCUAUGGCAUCCGAUCAUUCUAAUCGAUCGCAUGACAGACAUCGUAGCAGCCGCUCCCGCUCUCCUGACAGACGAUCUGAACCCUCAGACCACUCCAGACACUCGCCCCCGCAAAUCAGCAAUGGCAGCUGGAGAAUACCCCACAGAAGUCGUGAUGACGAACGGAUGUCGAAGCCGGCUUCAACACCAGCGAAGUUAGCAGAGGAGCUUCCUCUGCCCAAACCGAAGGAGUCAGCUAUUGCUAGAGAGGAGAAACAGCUCCCACCACUCCCAGAGCCCAAGCCGGUGUAUGCUCAGCCUGGACAGCCAGAUGUCGACCUGCCAGUCAGUCCCUCUGAUGCCCCUGUGCCAAGCGCUGCCCAUGACGAUAGCAUCCUACGGCCAAGCAUGAAGCUGGUGAAGUUCAAGAAGGGGGAGAGUGUGGGGCUGCGGCUGGCUGGGGGGAAUGACGUGGGCAUCUUCGUAGCCGGAGUGCUGGAGGAUAGCCCAGCUGCUAAGGAGGGCCUGGAGGAGGGCGACCAAAUUCUCAGGGUAAAUAAUGUAGAUUUUGCAAACAUAAUCCGAGAAGAGGCGGUGCUGUUCCUCUUGGACCUUCCUAAGGGUGAAGAGGUCACCAUUCUGGCCCAGAAGAAGAAAGAUGUGUAUCGGCGGAUUGUGGAGUCGGACGUUGGUGACUCCUUCUACAUCCGGACACACUUUGAGUAUGAGAAGGAAUCUCCGUAUGGGUUAAGCUUUAACAAGGGCGAGGUGUUCCGUGUGGUGGACACCCUCUACAACGGCAAGCUGGGCUCCUGGUUGGCUAUUCGCAUUGGCAAGAACCACCAAGAGGUGGAGAGGGGCAUCAUCCCCAACAAAAACAGAGCGGAGCAGCUCUCCAGCGUGCAAUACACUCUCCCCAAAACAGCAGGGGGCGACAGGGCUGACUUCUGGAGGUUUCGUGGUCUUCGCAGCUCCAAGAGGAACCUGAGGAAGAGCAGAGAGGACCUCUCUUCCCAGCCAGUCCAAACAAAGUUCCCAGCUUAUGAAAGGGUUGUGCUGAGAGAGGCUGGUUUCCUGAGACCUGUGGUGAUAUUUGGGCCGAUCGCUGACGUUGCCCGAGAAAAACUCUCCAGAGAAGAGCCAGAUCUUUUUGAGCUUGCAAAGAGUGAACCUAGAGAUGCAGGAACAGACCAGCGUAGUUCAGGAAUCAUUCGUCUUCACACCAUCAAGCAGAUAAUUGACAGAGACAAACAUGCUGUGCUGGACAUCACCCCGAAUGCAGUGGACAGGCUGAACUAUGCUCAGUGGUACCCGAUUGUUGUCUUCCUAAAUCCCGAUAAUAAGCAGGGUGUGAAGAACAUGAGGACCAGACUGUGUCCAGAGUCCAGGAAGAGCGCCAGGAAGCUCUAUGAGAGAGCUAUCAAACUGAGGAAGAAUAAUCACCACCUGUUUACCACCACCAUAAACUUGAACAAUAUGAACGACGGUUGGUAUGGAGCUCUGAAAGAAACAAUCCAGCAACAGCAGAACCAGUUGGUGUGGGUCUCAGAGGGCAAGGCGGAUGGCACUACAGAGGAUGACUUGGAUAUCCACGACGACCGUCUGUCCUACCUGUCUGCGCCAGGGAGUGAAUACUCCAUGUAUAGCACGGACAGCCGCCACACUUCUGAUUAUGAGGACACAGACACGGAGGGUGGAGCGUACACAGACCAGGAACUGGACGAGACUUUGAACGACGAGGUGGGUCUGCCCACGGAGCCCGCCAUCACCCGCUCUUCCGAACCUGUGCGAGAAGACCCACCUGUAAUUCAGGACACCCCUGGUUACCCUGGAUACCAGCACCCUGUGCAGCCGGAACCAGCCAGUCGCAUAGACCCUGCUGGGUUCAAGAUGGCCGCUCCACAACAGCAAGAUGAGGCUGCUCUGCCCAUGCCCUCGUUGCCUCCGACGGUGGUAGCGCCUCCUGCUGUUGAGCAGCCUGUACAGCUAGAGGGUAUGCACCUAGAGGAGCCGCCUGCUGCAGCCGCAGCUCCUCAGGCUGACUCACUUAGCAGCCCCAGCCCUGCCCCUGAGCUUAUUCAGCCCCCACCACCACCACAUGAACCCCACCCGUCUGGACCGCCUGGUCCAGAACCAAAGAUGUACAAGAAAGAUCUGUACAAUAUGGAGGACCCUGUGCGAAUCAACCAUGGCCUGAAGCAGUCUAUGAGCUACAGUCACCAGCUGCCGUACCAGGACAAACAGCCAUACCGCGAAUACGACCACCCGCCUUACGGAUAUGAUGGAGGCGGCUACACAGAACCAAAGCCUCACAACACUGACUCUCACCUGCACUACGACAACCGUGUGCCUCAUUAUAACGAACAGUGGCCCCCCUAUGACCAGCAGACCUCGUCCUCUCAGCCCGCAGGGUACCAGCCGGGCCACCAGCAACCCAUGGGCUACAGCCCCCGGUCCCCCUAUGACGACGGACCAGGGAGGGACUACAGCCCCCCUCAGCCGCGCUACGAUGAGGCCCCGCAAGUGGGCUACGAUGGCAGACCUCGCCACAGUAAACCUGGGCCCAUUCGUUAUGAUGAACCCCCACCCCCUCCCCCAUCUGGCUACGAGGCCCGCUCUCCUUAUGAGGCAGAACCUCACAGCUUCCCGAUUAAUUCACCUCGAUCGCCGGAGCCCCCAAAGCAGUAUUACGGUGACUCUGGUCUGAGGCCCACCUACAUUCCUGGGCCUCCAAACCGGGGCUAUAAGCCAGGGAUGCAUGAGCCUCUGAUAAACUCCGAACCCACAAUUCCCCCUCCUAAACCAGAGACCCUGCCCUCCCCUGGUGAACCAGCGAUCACCCCAGGCUCCAAACCCCUCCCUCCCCCACCCCGGGAAGACCUGGAUGAGGACCCGGCCAUGAAACCGCAGUCAGUGCUCAACAGAGUCAAGAUGUUUGAGAAUAAACGUUCUGUUUCUAUGGACAGGGCUAAAGAAGGAGAGUCGUCAGCCCUCCGGCCUGCAGAUGUUCCUAAACCUGCGAGUGCACCUGGCCCAGUCCUCAAAGCCAAUUCCCUCAGCAACCUGGAGCAGGAGAAGUCCACCUAUAGGGCUCCUGAGCCACAGAAGCCCCAUACUAAACCCCUGGAUGAUGUAAUGCGUUCCAACCACUAUGACCCAGAUGAGGAUGAGGAGUACUACAGGAAGCAGUUGUCCUACUUUGAUCGCCGUAGCUUUGACAGCAAGGCCAUGGGCCAACCCAGUCCUGGCAUCAACCGCUUCCAUGAUCUGCCCAAACCAGCUCAGCUGUCCUACCCGUACAACAGAGUUGAGUCCGUAGAGAAGGUGAGUCCCGUGGAGAAAAGAUAUGAACCGCUGCCCCAAAUCAGCCCAUCCUCCCAGUAUGGGCCCCCCGCGCCCACCAUCCCACCCAACACACUGCCCAAGCUCAGUCCCAGUGACGUUAACUCCAUACCUGAGCCGUUGAGCUCUCCUAAUCCUAAACCAGAGAUGGCAGCUCUGAGGCCGGCCAGCAGGGACGAACCCACUCCAGGUGGCUACCUGCCCCCGAGGGGCCUCCCUGACAAAUCCCCGGUCAAUGGCACUGAUACAGCACCCCCAAAGACGCUGGCCGCUCCCGCUCCAACUAGCUAUAACCGCUUCGUCCCCAAGCCGUACACCAGCUCAGCCCGGCCAUUUGAGCGCAAGUUUGAGAGCCCCAAGUUCAACCACAACCUGCUGCCCAACGACACACAGGUGAAGACAGACCUCCUCAGUAAGCCCAGUGUGGUGAGCAACAGCAGUGGGAAACCUCAGCUGUCACCACAGCCCCUGGAUCACGACAGUGGCCUGGACACCUUCACACGCACUAUGGACAACAGGCCCAAAUACCAGCACAAUAACAUCAACGCCAUCCCCAAGGCCAUCCCUGUAAGCCCCAGCACGCUGGAGGAUGAUGACGAAGAUGAAGGGCACACAGUGGUGGCCACCGCCCGGGGGAUCUUCAACUGUAACGGAGGGGUCCUGAGCUCCAUCGAGACAGGCGUCAGCAUCAUCAUCCCCCAGGGUGCCAUCCCCGAAAGUGUGGAGCAGGAGAUUUACUUCAAGGUGUGCCGGGACAACAGCAUCCUGCCCCCCCUCGACAAGGAGAAAGGAGAAACGCUGCUAAGUCCGCUGGUGAUGUGUGGCCCUCAUGGACUCAAGUUCCUGAAACCGGUGGAGCUGCGCUUACCUCACUGUGCGUCUAUGACCCCUGAUGGUUGGUCUUUUGCUCUAAAAUCCUCCGACUCCUCGUCGGGUGAUCCCAAAACCUGGCAGAACAAAUCUCUCCCUGGAGACCCAAACUACCUGGUGGGUGCAAACUGUGUGUCUGUGCUCAUUGACCACUUCUGAAGAGGGCAACAGCUGGCCUGUUACUGAAUGUGAUAAACAGGGGACCUCAGUUGCCCCUCCCGUGCUCCCUCCACUGUGGCGGGGUGCACAAUGCUCGAUGAAGUAUGAACUUGAUACUCUCACGUUGUUUACUGUGCCCAAAAUAUAUUUAAAAAAAAGACAAAAAAAUAACAACACAAACACAAGGAGAGCGUGAGGAGUCCAGCAUCGCCAAGGCUGUACUCUUGUUUUUUCUUUCCAAUUUUUUUGUUUCGGUGCUUUCAAGGCUUGCAAAAAAUAAAGAUUAAAACAAGUUAUUUAAACAAAGGAACUGAAGUUGGAAUGCAUGACCAGUGCCACAGACUGAAUAAUCUCAUUUUGACAUUUUUAGCUAAUUUUGUAAAAGGUCAAAGAAGUGCAAGAAAAAGGAGAAUUUUGGAAACUUGUUUAAUAUUGCAACGGGAUUUUUGCGUACUGUAAAAAAACUAAAAAUAAAAAAAAAAAAAAACCCACUCACAAACAGCAAAGUUGGUAUAUGCAAAACUUUUGUUUGUGAGUUCUGUGGUCAUGCGUUUCACUCAUGAAGGAUCUCUGAGGACUUGAGAAAUGCUGAGCCUGACUACUGAAGGAACGCGUAGGCGUAAAGAUGAAAAAAAGAAAAAAAGAAAACAAGAAUGAAGGUUAAGUAUUAGUAUGUGACGCCCGUUUGUUCUGACGGGGCGCUCUCUCUUUAAAACUGAAGUUUUUGUAGCAAUGUUUUACCGUAGAUAAAUAUACUGACUUGAUUUUACAAACUCCUGCUGUCUAGAGAUCUAUGCAUGUGCUAUGACUCAGGUCCAGAAGCCUGCUACUACUAAGUUCAACACAUGAAAAUCCCAUCGUACACUGCAAGCAGUGAUGCCUUAUCUGCAUAUUAACUUUUCAGUGAAACUUUAAAACAUCGGAUCCUUCAGUUAUAGCGAUCACUACGGAAGAAAAAGUUGUCUCUGCAUUUUCUCAUAAACAGUGAACUUGGAUUUAGCACACGAGAAUAAUUGAGGCUGAUGAAAAGGUAUGCUUUCUUUUACUGCUAUGCAUAUGAAGUCUGAGGAAAUACAAAAAAGCUAGAAGAUGUUUAAAUUGUGGCUGUACAUAUUGCUAGUAUAUGGCCUUGGUUCUCUGUAAAUGAACUUUUGUACAUCUUUGUUAUUUUGUAUAAAAGAGAAAAUGUUUGUUUAAAAAAGAGAAAGCGGUUACAUUGGUUAUGUUUGUAUUCUGGUUAUACCCCUGAGCCUUGGAACUGACAUAAGCAGUAAUAAGUCCGACUUUUCUACCAACAUAUACACACACUACUUAAGGCAUUUUUAACAGUCAGAAAACUUUUUAUUCUUAUUUACAAAAUAGAGAAGUGCUUGGUUUAAAUGAUUUUAAAAGAUGUACUUGAGGGGGUCUGCUGUGAAGAGUGGUCCCUUCCUUUAUUUGUGAUACUGGAUGCUGUAUUGUGUGCCCUGAAAUGUAUUUUUGUACUAAUAGACAAUUUAUUAUGGCACAUCAGUACUAUUUUCUUUUGAUAUGAUAACACUGCUUCAACCCGACUCUAGUUUAUUUUCCCGUGUGGCUGACAUUCUUUUUAUUUAUUUUGAUUUUUCUUCGGUUCAACUUUUUUUUUUUCCCUUUGCAACACAUUUCUAAGUAUACCACUGUAUUAAUAAAUAAAUUCAUUUUUAAAGUAA